CGCAUGCGCCGCGCUGCUCCAGGAGCGCUGUUUCGGCCUGUUCCGCGGCCGCUCGGUCAUUUUCGCCUCUUUGUUUUACUGAUAGUGGAUUUAACUCGGAUUCAACCCAAUAUCCAGCGGACCGUGCUGCUCCCGAACAGGCUCCAAUGAGAGGCUCUCCAUGAUGAGGAGCUAACACUGUCGGCCGCACAACCGCAGAAGAGACGUGGCCGCUGCACCAUCCACAGUCGACGCAUGGCGGUAUUAGGGAACCCCGACAUGCUGACGAGGAAGAUAAAGCUGUGUCACAUCAACGCCCACAUCACAUGUCGCCUGUGUGAGGGCUACCUGAUCGACGCCACCACCGUCACCGAGUGCUUACACACCUUCUGUAGAAGUUGCCUAGUGAAGUAUCUGGAGGAAAACAACACGUGCCCCACGUGUAGGAUUGUUAUUCAUCAGAGCCAUCCACUGCAGUACAUCGGCCAUGACAGAACAAUGCAAGACAUUGUCUACAAGUUGGUACCGGGACUUCAAGAGGCGGAGAUAAAGAAGCAGAGGGAGUUCUAUCAGAAGUUGGGGAUGGAGGUGCCUGGAGACAUUAAAGGGGAGCUUUGCAACAUGAAGACUCAUCUAGAUCAGCGCAAUGGUGACGCAAAAUCAGAGGACACGGCCAAUAAGGAGGCAGGAGAGGAGAAACCAGAAGAGGACAAUGACUAUCACCGUAGCGACGAGCAGGUCAGCAUCUGCUUGGAGUGCAACAGCAGCAAGCUGCGAGGUCUGAAGCGCAAGUGGAUCCGCUGUUCAGCACAAGCCACAGUCCUCCACCUCAAGAAGUUCAUCGCCAAAAAGCUUAACCUGACAUCAUUUAAUGAGCUGGACAUUUUAUGCAAUGAGGAAAUCCUGGGGAAGGACCACACUUUGAAAUUUGUUGUUGUGACAAGAUGGAGAUUUAAGAAAUCCCCCCUCCUGCUCCAUUACAGACCCAAGAUGGAUCUGCUGUAGCUAAAACGGACACAACGGUUGUUUCUUUCUUUUUAUUUUUUACUUUUGGCCAAGUGGCUGCAGACUGUGCCGAAACUUUUUUUAUUUAUGCAAAGACGAUCAACCAACACCAAGCAAACGCCCGACGGUAAAAGUCAGCAUAAGCCAGCAAAUCGGGAUGUAAAAGGGGGAGGGGGGGGCACAUACAACACAAAACUGGCAACCUCCAGCACAGAUACUGCAACACUGGUGUGUUUUUAGGAACUAAAACAACCAUUUUUUUGUCCGCUACAUCCUAGAUAUGUGAACAAAACAAAAGGAAAAAAAAAAAAAAAAACAAAUGGAAAGAAAGCAUAUAUUUAUACUUUUGUACAGAAGAGACACAUGGAACCAAGACACUACUGGUGCUCUGUUUACACGCAAACAAGAUGUCGGGAAUCACGUGACUUUUUGAGCUUUGUGCAGAUUUCAUCCUCCUGGGACAAUGACAGAGGAAGCGGACUGACACUUCCAGUAUAAACCGCGGAGCACCGCAGAUGGGCCGGUUUGGUAAAGAUGAGUGCAGAUUACCGAUGUCACAACGUUGCAUUUCUUAGGUAUAUUUCAGUUACUUUUCACUGCCAGUUGGACUCGCAGAUGUUCAAAGUUGCACAAUGUUUAAGAAAAAUCAAUUUAAGAAGAUUUCUGGAAGUUCGAUGAAUAUUGUUCUUUUUCCACAAAAAUCAGUAUAAAACUUGGAUUUUCUUUUUUUUUCUGCAGAAUAGCCAGCGUUCAAUAUUGUUGACUACACAUGACACAAAUUUACGAGUCUUUUUGAGAAAUAACUCGCAAAUUCAGGUUUCGCACGGGGACUGAGGCUUUUUUGAACAUUUUGAUAAUGAGAUUCUGAGUAAAAUGACUACUCUUUGGUCAUUUGGUGCUUAUAAAAUGUAUGUUUCUAAUGUUGAAGAGGAGUUUUCCUCAGGAACAUGCUGUUCUUAACUGUGACACAGCAAACCAAUGUUCAGUCAAACGAGAAAAUGUCUUAACUCACAGCGUUCAAACCUAAACUGUCUUCAACCUUACCGCAGCAACUGGAUCCUUAAAACGCCAUGUCAGACCUCAAGUAGUAUUACCUCACUGGCCCGUCCGGUCAGUAAUUAAAUGACAAUUAUUUUCCCUUUGCAUUGUGUCUGCCCACAACAAGCUGUUCUGUCUGUAUGUUCACGUGCAGGGUUCCUAUGCAUCCUUAGGUUGCAGUAGUCCGGGAAAAUAAUGUAAUUUUAAAACUGUCUUAACUUUGAAUUUGGGUAACAAGUCCAUAAGGCAAUGAAAAAGACACUUUGGUCCAAUCGUGGUACACAUGCAGCUCGUUGGAAGUCCUCUUCUCUCGGUCCCUGCAUCGAUCUGUCUGCAGUUUUGUCUAGUGAUCGUCGGGACGACUCAAUCACGUCAUCCACCGCUGUCCGCUACCUGGAAAUUGAAAAAUGUGUAGGAACCCUGCUACAGUAUGACUUGUGUAUAAAAAUCAGCGUUUUUACAGCUCUACCAAAACCCCUCCUACAGUCUCUGAUGUUCUCUGCAUGGUUCGGUUCACUUCUGAUGGUAACCUUUAUGUUUCAAGGCCCUUGAUCCACUUACCCAUGUGAGGUCUUCCUUCUUUUUGGUUUUUGAUACCAUAUCGUACCUAAAAUCAUGGAAAGUAUAGGUUUUUAAUCAAAAGAAAUUUUUAAAAAAUUAAAAAAAAAAAAAGGGGGGGAGGGGUGAAAAUGCAAACAGCCUGCUGUUCUGUUUCGAGUUGGGCCGGACGCUUGGACCCUGGUAUAACAUGCUCGCAGAUCUAGGUGAAAAUCUGAUAAUAGAAAUAGAAUUUGCAGCACAAACAUUCUGCCUUUUUAGCCAUUUAAUUUCGAGCCUCGUAUUUUUUUCCUCCCCAUUUCUAUCUACUAUUUUACUUCUGUGAAUAUUGCCAUUGCGCACUAUCAACAAAAAACAUUUUGAAGCUUAGAAACAAACUAAAAUCAGAAAUUGGUGUUUUUAACCAAGCUAAAAGAAUAAUUUUAAAACGCCGAUCUGCUCUUGAAAAUCAUAAAAACCAAAAACAAGGAGCCUUACAUGUUUUGUCAGGUCACGGAGGAGUGUUGCGCUAGUACAUGGCGAAAAUCCCCGCAAACUCAAUGUAACUGCUGUGUGUUAUUAUGUCUUUGUAAGUGCAGACCUGGUGUUUUCACAGGUCAUUUUGUAGAGAAGAGGCCAGUGUCAAGGUAAUUUCCUCCGAGGUACACAUUCAAGUGGUUUAAGUUGUAAAAAAUGGCCCCGACCCCGGAGCCACUCAUCCGGCAUUUUAAAUGUUAUUUUGACAGUCCGAUAUCUGUAAUUUCCAUCUUUGGUUCUGUGAAGCGAAGGUCAGCGCCCUCGUCAUGUUUAAGUGUCGUCGCCUCCUGUAAGCAUUCAGCCUGUUUAUGAUCAAAUCUCUGAUGUGUACAUCACCUUUCUCAUCAGGUGAUUAAGCUGUAAAAAACACCCAGCAAGGUGCUACUAUAACGAUGACUACAAACAAAAUGUUAUCAACUCAUACAAUUUCUGUGUCAAGCCAAACACUGCUUUGUACUGUUUAGGAGGACUGGCAUUGAAACAAAGGUCACAUUUGUGCAUUUUUAUUCCCCUCCUGUUUCGCAUGGUUACGUUCACACUACACUGUUGUUCGGGUUUUUUCUUGUUCACAUCUGAUUUUCUUCACUCGUUGUGAGGAGGAAAAAAAAAAAAAAGAGUGGAUCAUUGGUACAAAGUCUGAACCACAUUUAAACUGGAAAUGAAUUUACCUGUGAAAACUGUCUUGAUUCGUUGCAAAAAAGUGUUGAGACAGAAACAACAUUGGAAAGAGGGCCAAAGAGCCUGUUUUUGGUCGAA